CAUCCAUUCAUUCACAUGCAGUGCACACAUAAACUGGGUGGGAACAAUAUUCAUAUCGAUCCUGUGGCGAUUCCGAGCCAAGAACAAAAGAAGAAACAGCCAUUCACAAAACAAAGGCGAUGGACUGAUGGAGACAGUAAUCCCUGUUUGACUGAAGCGAAUGCAUCGUACCAGUGCCUUCAUGAUUAUAACUUUGACAGGGAGAGAUGUAAAGGAUACUUUGCCAACUAUAAGAAUUGCAAGAACUUUUGGGGCAAAAUUAUGAAACAGCGAAGGAAAGACGGAAUCACACCGGUGCUCCCUGAUCCAGAAGAAAGGGAGAAAAUUUUAGCAGGAUUCACAUGAAGUUAACAGGACAGAAUCCAUGCGGGUUUAAUACAGAAUCCUUAAAGAUGAACUGAUAUAUGUAUUUGAAGCAAUUUCAUAUUCUGAGUGAAAAAACAAUUUAUACUUUAUUUUGCAAGAAACACCAACCUGUGUAUUGGAACAGAUGAUGCCAUGCAGAGAGAAACUUUUCAAAGAACUGUGGAAGAUGGUGGUUAUUCAUUAUUUGCCUCCAAAUUUUUGUGUUUGAUAAUCUGAAGACAAAUCAUGGGAAUCAAUUGCAAAUUAGGAUUUUUUUAAAACUCUCUACAUGGACUUGAAGUUGUCAGACCACUCAGUUAUCCUCCUUAUGUCUGUUUAUAUCUUGUUAAUGACAAAAGAAUGUACGAUAACUUUUCCAUCAUAGCAAUCACCAUGCUACUGGGCUUAGCAGCUAUUUAAAACUCAAGGUUUCAAUGAUGGCGAAUAUAAUGGAAAAGUUGCUGUAAUACAUGUAAGUCUUAAUGAAAUAGACCCUCAGGCCCCGUCGUACAAAGAGUUGCAAUUGAUCAAAUCAACCAAAAUUUAGAAAGCCAGGAACACCCAUAGAAUGCAUGUUAAUUCAAAAUGUUUUCUCAAUCUGAUGUACAUGUUCAUCAUUGUCUUGACAAUUCAGUGUGCUUCCUCUUUGCUUGCAUAGAACAUUGUUCAAAUUUCUUGGAGGAAAAACCAUGACAUGGAUGGAUUUCCAUAUAGUUGAGGUACAUGUAAAUUGGAUCAAUCGUAACUCUUUGUAAGACGGCACCCAUUAUUCAUGAGCAUUCAAACUAUUUGAGCUUUAUUUUCAUCAUGUCCAAUAUUAAGGCCCAUUGGAGGCUCUAUCACAACUAAUUCACCACUGAUUUGUAUGACUGCCAAAUACAUGAAUAGUAUGUAUUUGAUACUAAUGGGGUGUUGCAAGAAACUUGCGAUCAAUCAGUCAUAUGUCUUGCAGCCAAUUGCAAAUUAGUGAUUGAUUGCUAAUUUGCUACUUGAAUCAAGAAGUUUAAUCUGAUUUGCUACAGCUAACGUUGAUCUAUCAGUUGUAAAUUUGCAACAGAAUAUUUGCAAUUGAUCGCAAAUAGUUUCUUGCAACGCCCCAUAAGUCAUACAAAUGUGAUGCAUAUAAGGGAGCUUUCGGAUGUUAUCACCACCCACAAUGGGUAGUACUAUCAAUCACUAUGGCGAUCUGUAACAUGUCAUUUGGAUGAUCAUCACCACAUUUCAUCGACAACUGUGUAAUAUGACGUGUUGCAAUGCAACAGCAAUGGUGACAUUAUAGCACAUCACAAUCAAAUAAGAUCGCACUGUGCAUUGUGAGAUGUGAGGCAUUACAGGCAACCAAAGUUCCGUCCGCGUACAUACUUGGUCACAAUGGUGAUCAGUAGGUCCAUUCAGACAUCUGUUAUCUACAACGUAAACCAGUGAUCUAUCGUCAAUGGUGAUUGAUGGCACUUUCCAUUGUGAAUGGUAUACAAAUAAUGAAUGGUAUACAAAUAAUGAAUGUUUAUGAGUGCAAUGGACAGAAUACUUCAUGAGGUGAGAGAUGAAAUGAUCCAUUCAACGAGGUGUAGCCGAGUUGAAUGAAUCAUUAUUUCAUCUUUCACCGAAUGCACGAAUGAAAAAAAGUUCAUUAUUUGGUUUAUAUGUUUAUAUGACACCUAAAAAUUGUUUUUUUUUCCAUAUGAAAUUUAUGAAUUUUGAUGCAAAACAUGCUCAUGCAGUGCGAGUUCGGUCUGUUGAUUGUUACGUAAUUACAACAUGCGCACUGCUGGUGCAUGAGCUGCAGUCUCUGUGCGCGCGUGCAAUGGACAAAAUCGUAUGGAUCCAAAAUUGCACGGUUGACGACGUCAUUGCAAAAUGGGCUGAAUGAACGAUAUCAAACAACCAAUCAAAUCACAAGGAUCUAUCUAGGUGUCAUAUAAUGCUAUUAAGUAUCUGGGCUCCGUAACAGAGGUUUGCGAUGAAUUGCAAAUAUGGACGAACACCCCUGAUUGGUCCCUGGUCAGUAUUUUAAAGGAGAAUGAAACCCUUGAAACCAGCUGAAUCCAUAUCAAAGAGAAAAAUCAAAGAAACAUAUUGUUGAAAGUUUGAGGAAGAUUGAAUGAAUAAUAAGAAAGUUAUGAGCAUUCGAAUAUUGAGAUCACUCGUGCCAUGUAGAUCCUCCCAACGGCAAUGCGACCAAGAUCUGUGAUAUCACACACGUACAACUCCCUCAUUACUUUAGUACUUAUUUCACUUAUAUUCUCACUUUUAUAGAGUCUAUCACAAGGUGAGGUGAGGUGUUCUCUUUAUGAGAUGACAAGUACAGAGGUUUCACAACAUUAUAUCAUUGAUGAAUCGUUUUGUCAUAUGAUUAGAAUGAGCAAAAAGAGAUGUUUUGGGGUAUAUUUUCAGUGUCCAAAUGGGAGAGUUGUACGUGUGUGACAUCACAGAUCUUGGUCGCAUUGCCAAUGGGAGGAUCUCCAUAGCAUUAGUGAUCUCGACAUUCAAAUGCUCAUAACUCUUUUAUUGCUAGUCCUAUUUUUCUCAAAGUUUUGUUGAUCUUAUUCUUUGAUUUUUCUGCUUUCACAAAAGCUAACUUGCUCCAAGAGUUUCAUUCUCCUUUAAACUUAAUGCGCAUGUAAUAUUGAUAUUGAUUGGUCAGUUCAUUUAGCGAUCGCUAAUCGCUAAUCUGUGUUACGGAGCCCUGGAGGUGAUUUAACACAAUCUAAUGCUAGAAAGAUGGAUUCAUGAAACAUAAUUUUUCAUAAUUUAUUACAGUAUUAAAUAAUAUUCAUAUUGCUAAAAGUCAUUUGCAUAGAGUUCAUUUAUAAAUUAUGGUUAUAUAAACUUUGUGCUAUACACAAUAA